CCAACAAAUAUUUAUAAACAGUUCGAAAAACUUAAUUAAUUGGGCCACCGAUUCACAAGAAAUAAUGAAGGCCGAAGAACCAGUAAGAGACGUUGCUACUGCCGAGCAACUUAAGAAACAGCACAUGGAACUUGGAGAAGAAAUACGAACCAAAGAAGACGAAUUUCGCGAGGUUGAAGAUCUCGGUAGAGAACUAUUACGUCGUAAUCCAACAUUGACAGAUGUACGCGAACGUCUUGAAAAGUUAAAUGGAUUAUAUCCAACAGUAACAGCCAAUUGGAUAGCAAAAGAAGAAUGGUUACGACAAUGUCUAGAAUUACAACAAUUUAAUCGAGAAGCCGAUCAGAUCGAAGCUACUACCAGUUCUCACGAAGCUUUCCUUGAAUUCACGGACUUAGGCGAAUCUUUGGAUGACGUCGAGGCUCUAUUGAAACAACAUGAAAAAUUCGAGAACACUCUUCACGCGCAAGAUGACAGAUUAAAGGCAUUUAGUGACACCGCGGACAAGUUAAUCGCCCAAAAUCAUUAUGAAAAAGAUUACAUUAAUGAAAGAAGAAAUCAAGUACUAGCUCGUCGUAUGGCAGUGAAGGACGCUGCUCAACGCCGAAGAGCAGCCUUGAAAGCAUCCGAGCAUUAUCAACAAUUCUCAGCCGAAGUGGAUGACUUGCGUGAUUGGUUGGGUGACAAAAUGAAGACCGCAGCCGACGAAAGCUAUCGCGAUUUGAACAAUCUUGAGCGUAAACUACAAAAGCACGAAGCUUUCGAGCGAGAAUUACGCGCCAAUGAGGGACAGUUAAGAGCAGUCAAUAAAGCGGGCAAAGCGCUCAUAUCAGAAGAAAAUUAUCGAUCAGAUGAUGUAGGAAAAACUUUGAAGGACUUAAAUGAUCAAUGGGAUCGAUUGGUAGCAUUAUCGUUGGAAAAAGGUCGUAGAUUACGACAAGCGGCCUCACAACACGGAUAUAAUCGCACCAUGGAAGAUGCUAGAUUGAAACUAGAGGAGAUAGAGACCUGUUUGCAAAGUAAACAAGUAGGUACGGAUCUCCGCAGUUGCAAGGAAUUAUUAAAGAAACAUCAGACUCUCGAGAGUGACAUGUGUCAAUGGGAGCAGAAAGUGGACGAUCUAGUGGCGAUGGGUCAGGAAAUGGCACACGAGGGUCAUUUCGAUGCGGCAAAUAUUCUGAAGACCAGUCAAGCGACCCAAAGAAAAUUCCGCAGUCUGCAAGAACCAGCUAAACGACGUCGAGAAGCAUUGGAGGAGAGUUUGCGCUUCCACAAAUUUGGUUUUGAGUUGGACGCAGAAUUGCAAUGGAUCAAAGAUCAUUUGCCUCAAGCGUCUUCAACGACACUCGGACAGAAUUUGCAUCAGGCCCAGACUUUGCACAAGAAACAUAAGAAACUAGAAGCAGAGAUUGCUGGUCAUCAGCCUAUGAUAGAUAAGACUCUGGCUUCUGGACAGACGCUCAUUGAUCAAGCUCAUCCUGAGAAGAAAAAGAUCCAAGAACUGUGCGAUGUUCUGGAUGAUGCGUGGAGAGACUUACAAGACAAAGCAGGAGAGCGCAGCAGAGCUUUGGACUUGUCCCUAAGAGCACAAGAAUUCUUUUUCGAAGCUGGUGAAGUCGAAAGCUGGCUUAAUGAAAAGAAUGAUGUGCUGAGUUCUACCGAUUAUGGUAGAGAUCGCGAUGCCGCCACGAAAUUAUUGACAAAACAUAAGGCUGUUGAGUUGGAAUUAGACACAUACAAUGGUAUUGUGACAGAAAUGGGACAUACUGCUUCUACAAUGAUCAACUCAAAGCAUCCCGACAGUAAAGCGAUAGCCAACAAGCAGCAAGCGAUUGUUCAACAAAUGCGCGCCUUGCAGCGAUUGGCUACAGUAAGACAGCAACGUUUAAUGGAGAGCAUGUAUCGCCAUGAAUAUUUCUUAGAGAGCAGAGAGUUGGAACAAUGGAUUAAAGAGCAAGAACAAGCAGCCGCGUCGGAGGAUUACGGACAAGAUUACGAACAUCUACUGCUAUUGCAAGCGAAAUUCAAUGAUUUCAAGCAUCGAAUAGAAGCUGGAUCUGAGAGGUUUAAUCAGUGUGAAGAAUUAGCCAGAAAACUAAUUGCGAACGAAAGUCCUUAUAUCCAGGAUAUCGAAAAACGUCAGGAACAAUUAGGAUUUGAUGAAGACGAUCCAGUGUUUCAAGUACAAAAUCGACAGGAGGCAAUGAAAGAAUCGUGGCAACAUCUAUUGGGUCUCAUCCGAAAUCGCGAACAACGAUUGCAAGCGGCAGGCGAAAUUCAUCGAUUUCAUCGCGAUGUGGCAGAAGCGCUAUCACGAAUACAAGAGAAAGAGGCUGCUUUGCCAGAGGAUCUUGGUCGCGAUUUAAAUUCCGUUUUAGCUUUAAUUAGACGACAUGAAGGAUUUGAGAAUGAUUUGGUCGCUUUGGAGGCUCAGCUGCAAGUGUUAGUCGAAGAUGCAUCCAGAUUACAAGUACAUUAUCCGGGUAACAACGCGGUGCACAUCGAUCAGCAGCAACAAAUUGUUGUUGCUCAUUGGGAGGAAUUGAAAGAAAGAUCUGCUCAUCGAAGGGAUCAAUUGCAAGCUAGCUGCGAUUUGCAGCGAUUCCUCACUCAGGUAAGAGACUUAAUGAACUGGGCAGCUGGACUCCGUGCUACAAUGUCAACGGAAGAAAAAGUUCGAGACGCAGCCAGCGCACAAAUCUUGAAAGCAGAACACGAGGCUCUGAAAGGAGAAAUCGAAGCACGAGAGGAUAGCUUCAGCUCAGUGCUCGAUUUAGGCGAAGCUAUGGUGCAAACUGGUCACUAUGCCGCUAUGGAGGUCGAAGAAAAGUGUAAUCAGCUAUUGGAUGAGCGACAGAGGUUACACACCGCUUGGCAACAAAAGAAAGUGCACUUGGACCAACUAAUCGAUUUGCAUUUCUUCCUCCGAGACGCCAAACAACUUGACACAUUGUCUAGUACUCAGGAAGCAGCACUGAGUGGCGAUAAUUUCGGAGUCUCAGUCGAAGAAGUAGAUGCGCAAAUGAAAAAACACAACGAAUUUGAAAAGCUGUUAGUUACCCACGAAGAGAAGCUAACGGCGCUGCAAGAGCAUGGGAACAAACUUCUGGAGCAGAAUCAUUUUGACUCAUCGACGAUCGCCCGACGACUAAACGAGGUCAUUCAAAGACGCGCAAGAAUUCGUGACCUAUGCGAUGCGCGAAGAAGAAGGUUGGAAGCUAGUCUGCUACAUGUACAGUUUGUUAGAGAUGUUGGUGAAGCCGAGUCUUGGAUAGGCGAAAAGCAGAAGAAGUUAGAGGCAGAAGCAUCUAAGGGCGAAGUGUCCAGCUUGGAGGAUAAAAUCAAAAAGUUACAGAAGCACCAGGCAUUCCAAGCAGAGCUGGCAGCAAAUCAGAGUAGAAUUGAAGAAAUUAGAGCAAAAGGAGAGACUUUGUUAGCGCGAAAACAUCCAGCGAGCGCGGAAAUUCAUCAACAAUUAGAUCAUUUACAUGCAUCCUGGCGAAAAUUGUUGUUGGAAUCUGGAAAUCGAGGUAGAGGUUUAGAAGAGGCCCAAGAUAUUUUGGAAUUCAACAAUCAGGUGGAGAAGAUUGAGGCAUGGAUCAGAGAUAAAGAAAUGAUGGUUCAGGCAGGUGAUACUGGAAAGGAUUAUGAGCACUGCUUAAGUCUCCAAAGGAAACUCGACGAUGUAGACAGUGAUAUGCGAGUGGAUGAUUCUAGAAUAAAAUCGAUUAAUGCUUUGGCGGAUAAACUUAUAAAACAGGGUCGUGAUAAUGAAUCAAAAGCAAUUCAACAACGGCGUGAUAACUUUAAUAAUAAGUGGAAAGGUUUGCAAGGUGCUCUAAGCGCGUAUCGCGAAACAUUAGCUGGUGCAUUAGAGAUCCAUCUAUUUAAUCGAGAUAUUGACGACACAAACCAAAGAGUUAUUGAGAAAUCAGUGGCCAUGAACACGAGUGAUACAGGAAAAGAUUUACCUGCUGUCGAACAGUUGCAAAGAAAACAAGAGGCUAUGGAGCGAGAUAUGACAGCAAUAGAAGGGAAACUGAAGGAACAUAAGAUAGAGGCGCGAAACUUGUCGCAUAAAUAUCCAGACAAGGCAUCCGAAAUAAACGGGAUAUUGUCCGAACUUCAAUCUAAUUGGGAUGAUCUACAACGUGUGACUCGACAACGACGCGACGCUUUAAAUCAAGCUUAUACGUUACACAAGUUCCAAGCUGAUCUACAUGAAUUGGAUAUUUGGGUGACAGAUACUAUCAAACGCAUGGAUGACUCCGAACCACCGACCACUAUAUCUGAAGCUCAAGCUGUAUUAGAACUGCAUCAAGAAAGGAAGGCAGAGAUUGACGGUAGACAAGAUAUAUUUAAAGGCUUAAAGGAUCAUGGCCAUAAACUCCUGUCAAUCAACCAUGAUGUCAAGGAUAAUCUUGAACAUUUGGAAGAACUCAGGCAAACCUUGGGAAAUGCUUGGGAUAAUCGUAGACAAAAAUUAACGCAAGCGCAUCAACUGCAAUUAUUCAAAGAACAAGCCGAUCAGGCUGACAGUUGGCUGGCGACGAAAGAGGCAUUCCUCAACAACGACGAUCUUGGUGAAUCGUUAUCGGGUGUCGAGACGCUGUUACGUAAACAUGAGGAAUUCGAAAAGAUGUUAGCGUCUCAAUUAGGACGUAUUGAAGAGCUCGAAAAAUUCGCAAAUGAAAUCCUAUCGCGUGAACAUGCAGAUGCAGGUAUAAUAAAGCAACGACUUGCUUCGGUUUGUACCAGAAGGGACAAAUUGAAAAACAGUGCAACAGCCAGAAGAAAGAAACUUUUGGAGAGUCAUCACUUACACCAGUUCCUCAGAAACAUAUAUGAGGUGGAUGGUUGGCUACAUCAGAAGCAACAAGUGGCGGGCGAUGAAAAUUAUAGAGAUUCCUCGAAUUUGCAAAGCAAGAUACAAAAACACGCUGCAUUUGAGAGUGAGUUGAUGGCAAAUAAAGGGAGAGUUGCGGCAGUCGUCAAUGAGGGCGAAGCGCUUAUCGAGGAAAAUCAUUAUGCCUCGAAGGAUAUACAGGAACGUUUAGACGAGUUGGAAGCAGAAUGGCGUCUUUUACAAGAAACUAGCGAGCUAAAGAAGAACCGGUUAAAUGAUGCAUAUCAAGCCUUGCUAUUCGGCCGCAGUUUGGACGAAUUCGAGACGUGGAUGGAUGAAGUCGAAACUCAAUUGCAGUCAGAGGAUCAUGGCAAGGACUUAUCGAGCGUGGCGAAUUUGUUGAAAAGACACACUAAUUUAGAGAAUGAUGUGCUCGGUCACAACGAAGCAUGUGAAUCUAUCAAAGAUACCGCCGCCAGCUUUCAGAAAUCAAAUCAUUUCUUGAGUGACGAGAUUCAAAAGAGAGCGUUAGUUACGAUCAACAGAUAUCACAGUCUUCAGGAGCCAAUGCAGAUACGCAGGGAUAAUUUGGAAGACGCGAAGUUACUGCAUCAGUUCGCGAGAGAUGUCGAAGACGAAUUGCACUGGUUAUCAGAGAAGGAACCAUUAGCCGCAAGCAAUGAUCUUGGUAACUCUUUGACCACUGUACAACGAUUGCAAAAAAAACACCAUGCUUUGGAAACGGAACUAUUGUCCAGAGAGCCCGUAGUAGCUUCACUGGUUAGCAGAGCGACUGUAAUGAUUAGAAGUGGACACUUCGCAGCGGACAAGAUUGAACAGCUGACCAAAAAGUUGCAAGAGGAAUUAUCACAUCUUAGAGAUUUAGCAAGUGUCAGAAAGUUGAGAUUACUCGACGCUGUAGAGUCACAAAUGUUUUAUGCCGAAGCCGCGGAAGCUGAGCAAUGGAUUAGAGAGAAACAUCCACAACUUACUUCAUCUGAUCAUGGCAAGGAUGAAGACUCUGUGCAAUCUCUGCUGAAGAAGCUAGAAGGCAUUGAGCGUGAUCUGUCCGGUUUUGAAAACACGGUCGAUAAUCUGAAAAAACUUUCACAUGGUCUAGUCGAACGUCAUCAUUUUGAUAGCAAAAAUAUCGCGCAAAAACAAAUGGAUAUCGAAUUUAAAUUUAAAGAGUUGCAAAAAUUGAAAGAAUAUCGACUGCAAAGAUUAUCGGAAAGCGAGAAGUUUUAUAAAUUUAUCAGACAAGCGGAUGAAGUGAUUGAAUGGAUCGGGGACCAAACAACGAUCGCCGCAUCGGAGGACUAUGGAUGUGACGUUGAACAUGUAGAACUGCUAAUCCAGAUAUUCGACAAUUUCCUAGCCGGCUUAACGACCAGUGAAGGACGUGUAUCGGCUGUACUCGACGAAGGACAAAGACUGAUCGAGCAGAAUAAUCCCGAAAAAACCAAGAUACUUCAGAAAAUUGACGAAACAAAACAACAAUGGGAGGACUUGAAAGAAUUGGCACACGCUCGACAAGACGCGUUGGCUGGUGCUAAACAAGUUCACAUGUUUGACAGAACAGCCGAUGAAACUAUCUCUUGGAUACAAGAGAAGGAAACUGCUCUCAGCUCGGAUGGCUAUUGCCAGGAUUUGGAGACAAUUCAGGCACUGGUAAGAAAGCAUCAGGGAUUUGAAACUGACCUGGCGGCUGUGAAGGAACAAGUGGAGAGUCUGAUGGAGGAAGCGUCAAGAUUGAUUGAGCUAUUCCCCGAUGCGCGUAUACACAUCAAUGUGAAACAUCAGGAGGCGGAAGCGGCCUGGGCUGAAUUGCUGGAGCAAGCGGCGCAGAGGCGAAACAAACUAGCUCAAGCGGAACAGUUGCAGACCUAUUUGGGCGAGUAUAGGGAACUAAUAUCUUGGAUAAAUGAGAUGGUGGCCAAGGUGACAGCGCCAGAAUUAGCACGGGACGUUCCUGGUGCCGAGGCGCUGCUUUCCAGGCAUAACGAGUACAAAGCAGAGAUCGAUACACGUGAAGAAGCCUUCGAGAAAUUCUAUCGGACCGGACAGGAGCUAAUCGAGCAGGGACAUUUCUUGGCGAAAGAGAUCGAGGACAAAAUAUCGGUAUUGCAACAACGCCAGCAGAUCCUAAAGGACACAUGGCAGAAGAGAAGACACAUUUACGAACAGAAUUUGGAUACGCAGUUGUUUAAGAGGGACGCCGAAACUCUGGAGAAUUGGAUAGUCAACAGAGAGCCGAUGCUGCAAGACGAUAAAUUGGGAGAGAGCAUUUCACAAGUAGAAGAGUUAAUAAGAAAGCACGAAGACUUUGAGAAAACUAUACAGGCACAGGAGGAAAGAUUCAGCGCGCUUAAACGGAUAACGAUGUUGGAAGAAGCCUUUCAAAAGCAGCAAGAGGUGGAAAUGGCUGCGCGUCAAGCGGAGAAAGAGCGUGUCGAACGCGCGAGGCUCGAAGAACGGAAACGUAAAGAAGUACAGAGGAUAACCGAAGAGCGGAAACGCGAAGAGGAACGUAGACGAUUAUUAGAUAAUUCUCAUCGCGCACAACACGAUGAAGUUAACGGUUCAGUUGACGAACAUGAAUCUGCGAAUAUGUUAUCUCCGUUGAAAAGUGCUAUCAAUUCCGAAACAGAACUUGCGACACCUCAGAAACCAUACGGUCUAUCGCAUAUGUUUAGUGAAAAAUUAAGACGAGCAACUUCGGACAUUAAGAGGGCCGAAAGUAUGAAAGUGGAUACGAAAAAACCAAAACGAACUCCGAGCUUCACGACCAGGCGAAGAACGCAAAGCUUUCGAAAACUGCAACGUAUGGAGAACAUGGACGCCCUGCGACCAGUCGAGAUUCAAGGUCUUCUUGAACGAAAGCACGAGCUUCAAAGUGCUGGUAAAAAGGCAGCCGUUCGAUCGUGGAAGCAGUAUUACACUGUAUUGUGCGGACAAUUACUGUGCUUCUUCAAGGAUACAGAUGAUUUUGCGUUAAGCAAAGCGGCCACUGCCCCGAUAACAAUUUUCAAUGCUAUAUGCGAGAAAGCAGAUGAUUACACGAAAAAGAAAAACGUAUUUCGACUGAAGUGCACGGACGGUUCGGAAUUCUUGUUUUUAGCACCAAGUCAAGGGGAGAUGGAAGAUUGGGUUAAUAAAAUCUCAUUUCAUGCAAAAUUACCACCAAGUAUGCAGCUCUUAAGCUACGACGAGUCUCAAAAGAUGCAGCAAGAAGGCUUGCAAAGAUUGCAGGGUUCAAAGCUCGAACACGCGGAUGACAAUGCGUCGACUGGAAGUAGCCGCGCUUCCACACCGGAAAUGGAACGCAAGAACUCUGUGAUUAGGCGCGAUCCCAUUUCGCCAAAUCAACACUCACCCAGCUCGGUACAAAUAGAGUUCCUGCAGAUGCACCGGCAUAAUCAGCAACGGCGCAACGACGCGCAAAACUCCGAGACGUUCUUGGCAUCACAGAGAUCCGACCAACCACAGACUCAGACGGAAUUUCUGCAGAUGCAUAGGCAACAACAGCUACUUGCGCAGCAGCAGCAGCAGCAUCAGUUGAUACAGCAAGAGCAACUCGCGGCUCAGCGGGAUCAAUAUCAACAAAAUUCCACGAUGCUAGGAACUGACAAACCGCCUAUACCGCCGCGAGGCGCUCCUCCACCUAUCCCUAUGCGUUCCAGUUCGGAAAAUAUGGUGCAAUACAGGCGAAAUGAUAUAGAACACCAUUUAUCACAAGGAAGACCUAAUGUCUAUCAACAACGAAGUGCAACAUUAAAUCACAAUGGUUCCAGCCAGUAUUCAUCGGAGCCACCAGUAUGGCAUCGACAAAACAGUGUAGAUCUUCCUCCGCAACAUCAAGCGUAUGGAAAUGUACCAAACAUUAGACAGGGUGUACAGCAACAAAACAAUGCUUACACUGGUAGACCGACAUCGUUGCCGCCUUAUGUCGCUCCACCAGAGAGUGGAUCAGAAAGUGAGCAAAGUUCGGGUGGUAAUCGGAAAGAUUACAAACGAAGUUCUGUAUUGAGCAAUCUAUUCGGUAGACGCAAAAAACCCUCUCAGACGUAA